GAAAAAGCUGGAGACGAUAGCUUUGUGUCCUUGUCCUCACACAGUCACCUGACUCACCGCCCCCUUCGUCCCUCCAUCCAUACCAUAGGAUGCCUCCACAGGGUCACAGGUGACCCAGCGGCGCAACAGUCCCUUCUUGGUAAGCGGCGGCAGAGCCACGCCACCACCCACUGUCACUCACUCACUGGAACAAACCAAGGGAAUCUUGCAUAUCGCUGAUUACUGAUAUAAAGUGAGAGAAUCAAUCGAUGGACCAUAAAACAUGGCUUUGGAGAAAAAAAGCAUCACAAAGGACAGUUCUAGCAAAGAAUAAAUCCAAUAUAUCAGAAAAGGAACAUGAGGACAAGAUUGCCCGGUUGGAGAGAUCACUGCAAGGCUUAAAUGAACAACUUUCAUUUGCUCAUGCUGAAUGCUUCGAGAAGGACGCUAUUUUAGCCAAGCAAGCAAAAGUAGCUGAAGAAGCCAUACUAGGCUGGGAGAAAGCAGAAGCUGAAGCUAUAGCUAUCAGGACAGAACUUGAUGAUACUCUACAUCAGAAAGCCAUGGUUGAGCAAAGGAUUUGUCAGCUUGAUGAGGCUCUAAAUGUUGCAAUGGAAGAGAGGGAGUUAUUGAUAAAGGACACUGCUGAAAUAAUUUCUUGUGAGAAGGAUAAAGUUUGGAAGCUUGAACAGAAUGUCACAGAGAAAGAUAACAUAAUUGCUAGCUUGGACGAUGAGUAUAGCAGACUAUCUGAAAUCCUCUCAACAAAAGAGAAAAUCAUCUUGGAUCUAACUGAAUCAAAUGCAGUGAAAGAGUCAGACUUGAAGGACCUUGCAGUAAAACUGGAGUCAACGGAGAGGUCAAAUUCUUCUCUUAGAUAUGAAGUUUGCAUGCUGCAGAAGCAACUUGAUAUUCGUAGUGAGGAAAGGAAGUGCAAUCUCAAAUCUGCUGAUGCUUCACACAAACAACAUCUUGAAAACGUAAGGAAGAUUACUAAGCUAGAAGAAGAAUGCAAGAGAUUGCGCUCGAUGGUGCGUAAAAGGCUGCCAGGACCAGCUGCCGUUGCUAGAAUGAGAAGUGAAGUUGAGACACUGGGCAGCAGUACAACACACAUAAGGACGGGAAAGUUGAAUUCUACCUCCUUCAAUUCAUAUGAUCAGACACAGAACUCUUCCAAUGCAUCACAUGUAAGUCCUUCAUUGCUUGCAAGGCUACACGUGACGGAAGAUGAAAAUAAGGCCAUGAAGGAAUCUCUUUCUAGAAAGGAUGGUGAACUUCAGCUUUCUCGUACUAUGCUUGCUCGUACAACCUCUAAACUUUCCCAAGUUGAAGCUCAACUUGAAGACUUAUCAGGUGAUCAAGCUACCACGGGACUGGUAAAGAGAAGUCCUACAGUGGUUGAAAAUCCUCUUUCAUCUAUCACCGAGGGUGGUUGCAAUGAAGAUAAUGUAAGCUGCUCAGGUUCAUGGGCGUCAGCCUUGAUUUCUGAACUUGAACAUUUCAAGAAGGGGAAGCUGACUACACCUUCUUGUAAGAGCACAGGAAUGUCAGACUUAAGUUUCAUGGAUGACUUUGAAGAAAUAGAAAGGCUAGCGAUGGUAUGUGACGAUAAGCCUUCAAAAUCGUAUGAUGUAAAGAGAGAGGCAAUCGAAUCAGCAGGUAAAGAGCUGGUUCCAGUGGAUGGUCCCGAUGAAACAACUAAUCAAGUUCACCCGCACAAGACUGAGAAGGGACUCCUGAAGUUAAUUGAACUUGUCGAGGGAGUUAUUCAAAGAUCGUCAAAGGAUUACAGUAGCAAACUCGUGCAAUCUGGUGACAACAUGGGUGAUCAAUCCACGCUGAUAACUGGUUAUUUCGCUCAUGCAUUCUUAUGGAAAACAUCAGAACUUACCUGUGUACUGCGACACUUCAUUGUUGUAUGCAAUGAGCUUCUGUAUGGGAAUACCGAUGUCGAAAGAUUUGUUCUUGAAGUGAGCCUCACACUAGAUUGGAUACUCAACCACUGCUUUUCACUGCAAGAUGUAUCAGAGAUGAGGGAAACUAUCAUAAAGCAUUUGGGUUUAGAUAGCGGUGAUGGGCAUGAAAUUGUUGCAGCCAAACAAAUAGGAGUCGAAGUGAUAAAUGGCAUAGAUGAACCCAGCACUCCAAGCAGCGAGCAGAUGUCACUAGUUUCUGCAUCAGGCCCCGUGGAUAUUGGACUUAAAGCUGAUAAUGACACAGACAGUAUAAGGAAUGGAGUCUCAUUCUCUAAAUCCCAUGCACCGGAAGGAACAUCUUCAAGUUUGCGAGCAGAACUUAAUGCAUUGAAAGAAACAGGAAAUCUGGUAACACACGGUGUUGAUGGUAAAUCAACAGUGAGUGAACUUGACAAACACAAAUCCAUCCCUAACUCUGAGGCAAACAAGGGAAAUCUACAGGGAAGCAGUUACUCUACUGAAGAAGACCCAAAAUGUGUUUCUGGGAAUAAAGACAACAAUGUACACACGCAGCUGGAGAUCUCGACAGCAUCAGAAAAGCUCAUCGAGUGCCAGGAGACAAUCCUAAGCCUGGGAAAGCAACUAAAAGCACUUGCAUCGCCAAAGGAUGCCACCUCGGUUCGUCCGGAGCGAAAACCUCGGUCUAAGUCACUGAAUGAGAUGCUAGCCGUCGACGACGGGGGAUUUGAUGACCUCAGCUCCCCGAAGACCAAGGAGAUUAUAUGCUCAGAACUAAGGCCACCACAUGAAAGAAAUUUUUCUGUCGGCGGGGGAGGUGGCGAUUCAGAAUCAUGUUAUUCCCACCCGACGCCAGUGGUUCCACCUGCCAAACCUUACGGCGUGAGCGGAACCUGCAAGAAAGAAGCUGCUGCGAGGCCAGUAUCGCUCGCAGUUGUCCCAAGCAAGCAGAGGGGAAACCCCAACUUGCUCAAGAGGAUCCUGACAGGAAGGAGAAGGGAUGCCAUAAUCAAACCAAAGGUGGUCCUGAGUGCUUAGCUGACGGAGACAAGGGAGACACUAUCCAUGAUAAAAUUCCGUUUCCAUGUGUAAAUUACGCGUGUAUCGGUUGCUUGUUGAGCUGUGUGUUCUUGUCAGGUUUAGGAAGAACCAUUGAGUGUAGAUGUCGUAUAUGCAUUACAGUAUUAUUAGUGUGCUUUUCAGCGUUGUGGCCAUCAUUACCCUGUUGCUUAGGUCUAUGAACUUGUCUUUGCUCUUGGAUGUGGCUGAUUUAUUAGUAGCAUGCUAUUAUGUGCAUCCUUUAUGA